UCAACGCUGGACCAAAGUCUUCGCAUAGUCCUGAAGUUUAGUUAGGCACACUGUGAUGGGCUUCUUGAACAGAUCAGCAUUACUGGAUAUUUGGCUGAAAGACUCGACAGCGGAUCCGCACGUAUGCUACGAAAAGUUGUCGACAGGCAAAUAAAACAAAAAUGGUCAUGUAUUUAGAGCGCUGAAAUGCAGCAGGAGCGGCUACUCAAAGUUCUUGUCAUUGGAGAUUUGGGUGUGGGGAAGACUUCCAUCAUAAAGCGAUAUGUGCAUCAGGUUUUUUCUCAACAUUACCGCGCGACUAUCGGUGUUGAUUUUGCUCUAAAAGUCCUGAAUUGGGAUCACCAGACAGUUAUUCGACUGCAGUUGUGGGACAUUGCAGGACAAGAGAGGUAUGGCAACAUGACACGUGUGUACUACAGAGAGGCCGUAGGGGCGCUGGUGAUUUUUGACAUGACCCGCGCCUCCACCUUCCAAGCUGUGUUGAAAUGGAAAAAAGAUCUUGAUUCUAAAGUUGCCCAUGGCAAUGGGCGUCCCCUACCAGCUGUCCUGCUUGCCAACAAGUGUGACCAACAGAGAUAUGGUUUGUGUUCCAAACUGCCCAAACUCGACAAUUUCUCUAGGGAUCAUGGAUUUGUGGGGUGGUAUGAGACGUCUGCAAAGGACAACACAAACAUUGAUGCAGCCAUCAUGUGUCUUGUAGAAAAUAUAAUGGCCAUUGACACGGAGGAUGUUCCUGUUAAAUCGGACCCUAGUGUACUGAUCCUCCCUGCUUUUGAUUAUAACCUAAAAGAGCGCAGUGACUCUAGAUGUUCUGUCUGCACAACAUUCCAGUCCAGCAAAAACCCCCACAGUGAAUUAUAGAGUAAGAUGAUGAAAACAACACAGAAUGGAGUGGGAAAGAAAAAUAUAGAGAGAAAAAGAGAUAACGGUCACACCCUUUGUUGUGCCUUCAGAUAGUGCUGAAGUAAGCCUUUGUGGAAAAGACUAGACCAUGAAGUCUUAACACUUAUAUGCACUUACAUUUACACAUACCAAAAACAACAAUGUCAUCAAUAAAACAUGCAGCGUUUACACAGAGUUUUCUCUGAUACUUAAUACAAAUAAUAUUAAUAAAAUAAAAUAUAAAUACUUAAUGCUAUAGACUCAC